AUGUGUCCACAGAUUUUAGAGGCGGAAAAGGAGCUCUGCCUUCAUAACAGACAAAACGAUGACAGCACUGAAAAACAGCAGAAAGACGUGUCCUCACAGUCCCAGACGGCGUGCUGCGUGAUCCUGACCAUCUGGCUCGUCCCCGUCUUCAUCUCCAUCCCGUCUGCCUACAUGGCCUCAGAGACGACCUACCCACAUGUGGACGGUUGCCCCGAUAAGACCUUCUGCGCUCAGAUCUGGCCCGUGGACCAGCAGGUUUACUACCGCUCUUACUUCCUCCUCGUCUUCGCUCUGGAGUUCGUGGGCCCCGUGUCUGUCAUGGCCGUCUGCUACACCCACAUCUCCAGAGAGCUGUGGUUUAAAAAUGUUCCAGGUUUUCAGACGGUACAGAUCCGCAGGAGACUGCAGAAGCGCAGGAGGACCGUGGUGGUGCUGAUUCUGGUCCUGGUGGCCUACAUCCUGUGCUGGGCGCCGUAUUACGGUUUCACCCUGCUGCGGGACUUUUACCCCACCCUCAUCUCCACAGACAAGAACUCCCUGGUGGCCUUCUACGUCAUCGAGUGCAUCGCCAUGAGCAACGGGAUCAUCAACACCCUCUGCUUUGUGAGCGUCCGAAACAGCAGGAAGCAGCUGAAUAAGUCCAUCAAGGUCCCUCUGAAGCUGGUGAGCUUCGUGGCCACCAAGUGGCUGGAUGAAGCUGAGCCGCGGACAUCCUCCCUCCGGGUGAUGGAGGAGGUGGAGGGUGGCCGGCUGAGGUAG